AAGCUCUCUGUAUUCUCUCGCAAGAAAAAAAAAAAGAAUUUCUCACCAUUUUCUUCUUCCUUUCUCUCGAAACAAACAGCUUCCCUCCUCCACCAAGCAAAAAAAGAAAAAAAAAUGAGGAUCCAAAAACAUUUCAAAAACCCAAUGAAGAAAUCGAAAAGAAAAUCAUCAACAAUGAGAAGUAGAGCAAGAAAAGUGGCUAGGAAACGAGUUGUGUGCAGCAGUAAGAGAAGAAGGAUUUGCAGCAAGUCUUGUUCUAAGUCGAAGGAGGUAAUUUCCGAGAAGCUCGCAGCUUUGAAGAGUUUAAUUCCUGGUAAUAAUGUCAGAAACGGAAGUAAUGGGAUAGUUAAAGUAGAACAGCUGUUCCAAGAAACUGCAGAUUACAUCAUUGUGUUGAAGACCCAAGCUGUUCUUUUGCAAAAGCUUAUUGAUUUUUAUGAUCAUGGUGAUGAAGGGUCUAAUAAUGAAAUGCAGCACCAAAUUGUUCAACAACAUCAAUCAUAGUCAUUAAAUAAUCAUUCCAAGUUUUUUUUUUUUGAACUCCUUUUGGGAUAUUUUCAUUUUCAUGCAAGAAGGAAGACAAGAUCUUUUGUUACUUGUUUGGUGAAGGAGAAAAUGACGGAAAAUGAAAAAGAAAAAAGAAAAGAAAGGGUUUUGGAAAUCUAUAUAUAUUAUAAGCAUAGAAAAUUUUCUAUUA